AUGAUGAAGCUGGUCUAUAUUUUCACUAUUUUGGGUCUGUCACUGGCCGAAGAAUACCAGCAGGCCAAGAUUGGAAUCCUGCCAGUAAAUGUAUACCAAGCAGCUACAACAUACAUACCACCUAGCCAGAGACUACGGGACUGGCAAAGCUAUCAAGCUAUUAAGGCGCCAAUUCCUUGGGUGCCUCAAGUACAGAACGACUAUUAUGGGGACAGCAUGAUCGCUCCUGAACAGGCUUCAACAACAACAACACCAGUACCUGUUAUUAAAAAUGAAUUUUAUAUGGGAGAUAAUGGUGACUACAAAUAUGAAUAUCAGAUCGCAGACGGGACCAGCGUUGGCGAACAAGGUUACUUUACCGACCCCAAUCAAAAUGGAGAGAGUCUUGUGAAGAAGGGCUGGUAUUCCUUCCGCGGUGCUGACGGCAUUAUCUAUACAGUCACUUACUGGGCUGACCACACUGGAUACCAUGCAUUCGGAAGCCAUCUACCUGGUGGAUCUUCUGGAUACGUUGAGAACCCCUCACAGCAAGGGUCUAACAAGUAUCCUUCUCAGACUGCCGCGCCUGUCAACCAGCAGCCCUCUAAUCCAUCCAUAACCACAAAUCCAACUAACAACCCACCCCAACAAUCAUACAAUCCACCCCAACAAACGUACAACCCACCCCAACAAACAUACAGUCCACCCCAACAAUCAUACAACCCACCCCAACAAUCGUACAACCCACCCCAACAAUCGUAUAACGCACCCCAACAAUCGUACAACCCACCCCAACAAUCAUACAACCCACCGCAACAAUCGUACAACCAGCCUCAGCAGCAAAACUACUACCUAAAAUACAACGUUUAA